AUGGGAAAGAGACUCUUCAGCACCAAAGACUUAACACAGAACCAUAUGGAUGCAACUUUGAUGCCUGUAAGUCAAGGUUUGAAUGCUAUUCCAACAACCCCGAAAGAAAAACUGGACUGCGCAAAAGAGCUAUCACCUUCUGAGCUACAUCUGCUCAAUAUUGGUCCACUAAAGAUAGAUUUUGGAAAAGUUUGCACUAAAUCAGUUAACACAAAAAAUUUGAUCAUCAUCAAUAACUUAGAGAUUAAUAUAUUCGUGGUGGCUGAGGUAACAGAAGUUGUACAAGUAGCACUUGAACUCUCUUGCCCUUCACCAUUGAUUGUGACUCCAGUUCCUGGAUUGACACCUGAGUCUGCAUUUUCUAGUGUCAUAACCCUUUGCAACAAACUGAACUAUCCAGCUGCUUUCACUUGGACUUCGACUACAAACAUAAAAGAUACAGCUUUUACUGUUCGACCAAUGCAUGGCGUUAUUGCAGAAUACCAAGAACUUGACUGUGAGGUUCUAUGGACACCUGGAUAUUUGUCUCCAGACACAGGCUCCUUCAGAUUGAAUGUCUUGGGAGGAAACACCAUAGAAUUUGAAUGCAAAGCACAACUUGGUUCAACCAAUGUCCACUUUAUUGAGCGCCGUUUGGCUCUAAUCAACUGCCCAGUUAACCUAACAACAUAUGGCACAGCCACUUUGGUUAACACCGGAAGCAACCAUGCCUAUUUUCAGGUUGCUGACACUAACCCUGUGGCAGGAAUGACAAUAACUCCAGUCAGAGGAAUCAUACCAAUUGGAGGAGAAAGAGAAUUACAUUUGUCAUUCACUCCAACAUCCAUCAUGAAGUUUGAUUUCAACCUUGAAGUUGCAAUCCGUAAUUGGAGAAACUUGUUUCUACGUGUUGGUGGAAGUGUAGAAAAUCCUUGCAUUGAAAUAGAUGUGCCAUCAUUUACAUUUGGUGGUGUUUGUUGUGGUUCCGGAAUGGCUAUUGACUUCAACAUUACAAAUAAGGCUUCGUCAUUAAGCAGAGUUGACUUUGACUUGAGCAGUCACAGUGACUUCACUUUUUCCUUUGACAAUCAUCAAACUGAAGAGGAAUAUCGAUUCCAGAAUGCAAAUCCAGGAAAAUAUUCUUUAACUUUAAAAGGAGGACAAGUUAUCCAUGGAAAAAUGAUUUUCCAACCAACUGAGUUGGCAGCAUAUGAUUUCAUCAUGCCAGUUUACAUCAAUCAUAUGUCAGCACCUACUCCAGUCUCAAACUCGACUCCAUCAGUAUUAAGUACUUCAUCAUUUUCUUCCGCUCAACAUCUAGUUAUAGCCACGGGCCUGCGAUCAGUCAUUGAGAUCUCUCAAUACCAGGUCAGUUUUGAAUUCUCAGAUGUUCAGGAUGGUCGCAACUCCCCUUCUUCAAAUGGAAUGUGCCAGUUUCAGGAUGUAACGAUUGACAACCGAACUGAUGAAGAUCUGCGUUGGGAUCUGGAUCUGACCGCUGAUUCCGCAGCCUUCAGAGAUGAAAUCAUUACUUUUGUCCAUGAAACAGGAGUACCCCUAGAAUGUUCCAAACCUGGUUUUGUAGGAAGUAUCAUUCCAGCAAAAGGCUCCAAAGUUUUUCGCGUCAUCUGCCAACCGAAAGUCUAUUGUAACUACGAGUGUUUGGUGCCCUUGUUUAUCCGAAAUAAUUAUAGCAAAGCCUACAAACAUUUGUCAGUUUCUGUGAAUAUGAAAGCUCCCAAAAUAACAUUCAUCCCAUCAGUCAUCUUCAUCUGUGUUCCUUUGCUGAUCGAACAUGUCACAACAGUCGACAUAUGUGCAGUUAACUACCCAAGCCCAUUGACACUGACUGUCCAGUGCCCAGAGAUUGAAUGUGACAAUGGUACUGUUAUAUCUCCAAUUUCAGUGGUACUUCCAAAAAGUACAGUUCUGUUCCAGUCUGCAAAGCCUCUGUCAUUUCGGGAAUCAAUCACUUUUCUUGACCAGUAUGAGAACAGAUUCAAUCUUUCUGUUGUGGCCACAGCAGAUAAUUGUUUGCUGACCUGUUACAGUUUCUUUGCUAGUCAUCAACAGGACUACCACAUCGUUUGUGCCCCUGGUACGUCACUUAAAGGUCAGAAGAACAGUUCAGAUGAAAGCAUGGACACUGGUGAAGCAGUAUGUGUUCCCUAUCACAUAUACAUGGGCUGCAUCAGUGAAACAAGUACUCCUACUUCCAGUUCAAACUUUCAUGCCAACUCUUCUACUGUUUACAAAUCACCAAACCUAUCAGAAAGACCAUCUGAUUUUGGCUUCAGUGAUCAAGAAAGAGAUCAAAAUGCAUCUUCAUCUCCAAGCAUAUGUCCAAGCAAGACUACCUGUGUGAUUGACAAUAAUGUUUUCCCUGAAUAUGACAGGAAAAUUGGUCCUUAUCACCAAAACGUAUUGAAUGCUGUGCAACGUUGGUUUUCAGCAAAUGGAUGGUCAGGUGGGACAUUCCCUGUUGUUAUUCCUCAGACUUUCAGAGCUGCUAUUGGUGUCCUUGAAGGUGAGAAAGCACAGAGAACCCAGAGCAGCAAAAGGGAGCCAAUGACCAUUUACCACUGCAUAAAAUAUUUGACUGGUCGCUCAAUGCCUGGCAUCACUGGUAUUCCAACCAUCCCAGCCCAUCCUGUCGAGAGGGUCAUCAAGUGUUUAGUUUUAUCCAAAAUCACACCCAGAGUUUUGAAGAACACAACCAUGGCUAAUGAAAAUCUCAAGAUGCCAUCUGUCAAUACAGAUCCUCUUUGCAGCAAUGUCUACAGCACAGCUGAGAGAAUUCUCCUUGCAUGGAUGAAUCGAUACUAUGAGUUUUAUCGGGAAAAGAUUUGGUCAGGAAAUAAUGUUGUCCUUCCACCUGCACGAUGGGUGGUGAAUUUUGACUUUGAUUUAAAUGAUGGACUUGUCAUUGCCACUUUGAUUGGAGCCUACUUACCAUUUUUGGUCCAGUCACAUAUCAGUAAAAUGGUCACAUUCCCAAUGACUCAUGAACACUAUCUUCAUAAUUCUCUCAAAAUUGUCUGUGCUUUGCGUUCAGUCGGCAUUGACUAUGAUAUCCAGGCAAUGGAUAUCAUUGACCCAAACCCAAUUUAUAUGCUUCUCUUUUGUGCACAUCUGUUUCAAGUUUUGCCUCAUUAUAUCCCUCACAAUACUGUGGAAUUUGUUGGGGAUUUAACAGAAACUAUUACAAAACAGGUGAAACUAACAAAUCCAAGUACCAAAGCUCUGAACUAUGCAGUUACCAUCAUUGGAGAUGAUGCCAUUAAUUUUACUCUUCCCAAGGGAAACAGCAUCACAAUUCAGCCAAAACAUUCUACCCAGCUUACAAUCGCCUUUCAUAAUGUGUUUCUCCGCUCAAACCAUGCGACACUUAUACUGACAGGGAGACGUCUAAAUGCAGGGCUUGGCACCAACAUUGCCUUUUCCUUGGUUACGGAAACAUCAAAGAUUAUACCACAGAAUGUAAUGUCUGCUGAGUCUCAUUGCUAUGAGUUACUUUCUAUUCCAUUGGACAUACUGAGUCCAUUCAGUACCAGCGGAGAAUUUACAAUCACCAUUGUGGAAGGAUUGUCUACUUAUCCAGUAAAGAAAAAAUCUCAGUCCAAUCGACCGACACGAUGGUCAACAUGCAAGCAGGGCUCAGAUAUCAUUUCAGACCAAGAAUUCAAUAGAGGUUUCUUUGUAAAAUCAUUCCACUGCCGUUUACAAAAAGUGCAUUUUGAAGCUUACAAGAAAAAGAAGAUCAAUAUCUUAUUCUUACCCUUUACUAUUGGGGCCAUCCAGUGCAGUAUUAUUUUUAGUAACAGCAAACUGGGUGAUUUUGUAUAUGAAAUUCGGGCCACAGCGACCAAGCCUCACCCUUUUCCUUUGCUUGUAACAAAGGAUAAUGAUGAUCCAGAUAAAAGUUUACUGUCCAGUAAUUCCAUUGACAAUUCCAGUGAACCCUGUGAGAAAAAUGCCACUUAUUGGAGAUCUGAAGUGGGUGUCCCUCUUCAUCAAAGCCUCUGGAUUCCUGUCAUUAAUACCUCAAAAGAAAAAGCCUUGAAUAGGGUUGCCAAAUUGCUCAUGUCUGAUUUGGAAUAUGAACGUCGUUCUUUGACUGGAACUCUGGAUAGUAGUGCCCGGGCAGCAGAACUAUACAUUCAACUCAUGAACCACAGUAUGUCUUUUCAGCAAAAUGUGCACCCAUACCAAGAGUUUACCAUUGAACUAGAAUCUAAAUAUUUCUCUGCACCGAAGACUUUGCGGAUACCACUUCCUACCAAACAGCCAGAUGUCGAUAUUUCUACCCAAUGUGUUGAACUUCCUCUUGUGUUUUCAGCAGAAUCGCCAGGACAUUUCGAUUGUCAGAUAUUAUUGAAGUCUCCUGGCGAUAUCAGACUCUACCAAAUUGAAUGCACAGCAAUUCCAGAUUUUAGCAACACCUGUAUUGAAUUUGAGACACCUGUCUUGCAGAAAUGUACCCAGGAUAUUCCAAUUAUAAAUCCAACAAAUCAUGCCUGGAAUCUGAAGGUAAAGAUAGUUGGUGAAGCAUUCACAGGGCCAAUCAAACUUUUUGUACCAGCCAAGAGCACCAUCGAUUAUCCUGUGACUUACCAACCAACAAUGGAGGAAGAUACAGAGGGUCAGUUGAUUCUGUCAGAAGCAGGUGAAAAUGAUCAAAUCGUCUACCUUAAGGGCCAUGCUACAGAACCUUUGGCUCUGGGAGAAAUCGUUAUUGAUUCUGAAGUUCGAGGAAAAACAAUGAGAGUCCUCAAAGUUCCCAAUCCAACUAAGAAAAGACUUAUGUAUGAGGUCCAUUCUAACUUGCCAUUUUUGAGUGGACUUGAUCACAUUUCAGUCAGCAGUGGUCAUGUUGGUCACUACCAUCUGGAUGUCGUCCCGAUCAAAUGCGGUACCUUUCAAGGCGUAAUCAAUUUUGUAGCAGGGAAAAGUGUUUUCAGAGAAGUCGACAGUGAUGGGGAUGAAGCUUAUGGAUCAGAUGAAAGUUGCAAUGAAUAUUAUGGAUACCGUGUAUGGUACAUUCUGAAAGUGAAUGUCAAGGCUGGCCCACCAGUUGGUACUAUCAAUAUCAAAUGCCCCUGUCAGAAAACAACAUUGAUAAAUGUGAAUGUUACCAACCCCACCAAUCACAACUUGACUCUGGAAGUUACCAUCAAUGGGCCAGAUUUGCAAGGACCUAGUUCUCUUUAUGUAAAAGCAGGUCAGAAAGAAGCUUAUAAUUUAACUUUUGCUCCAACCAUCAUCUUGAAGAAAGCAGGAUCGUUACGCUUUUUCCAUGAGUAUAUCGGAGAAUUUUGGUAUGAACUCAACUUAAAGAGUGAACCUCCUGCUACUGUGGAACUCCCAGAUAUGGAGUGCAAACUUGGAAUGUCUGUGUCUCAAAACAUUGUACUACCUAACAACAGCAAUGAAAUGUGGGAGAUGUUUCCAAUAAUCUCAGACAAGAGUUUUCAUCUCAGCAAUUACCCUGAAGAGAAAUGGCCUAUCAGACUGGCUCCACACUCAGUGAUCACCAUGAAACUCACUUUUGCUCCAUCCACGCUAGCUCAGAAGGAACCACGCUGCGAUAUCGCAUUCGCAUGCCAACAGCAAGGAAGAAUUUCCUAUACCGUGAAGGGAUGUGUAUUAUUGCCCAGCAAGAACCCACCUACAACUUUCUAUGCUGUAACAGGAUACAGUAAUAGUGGCAUUGUCAAAUUCUACAAUCCACUUGAUGAAAUUGUCUAUGUCAAUUUGAAACUAAAAGCAGAUGAAGAACACGAAAAAGCAGACGGUAUCUCAGUUAAGUCAUUUUUAAUUCACUUAACACAGAGGGACAGUAUUGUUCUCAGUCCACAUCAAACGCUUGACAUUCCCGUCAUCUUCACUCCGAGUGAUCAUAACACGCACUAUGCGGAAUGUGUGGUUUCUGUACAUCAGACUAAUACCGCCCUGCAACCAGCAGAUGGAACCUUGCCAACAAUCGACUGGUGUUUUCCACUGAUUGGCAUACCUGAAUAUAUCCAGCUGAAUCAAAUGCCAGUUACUAGUCUAACAUGCAAGAUGCGAAAGAAACUGAAAACACAACUGGAGAUUAUCAUCAACUUAAAUCUUGAAUCAAGAGAAAAUGUUAUAUCAGCGCGUGUCUUAAACCCAGAUGAAUUCAUCUCACUUUCGAAUACAUAUGGUUAUAAGCAAUCUAAAACAAUUCCUGAAAUCAGUUACGAAUUUCAGUUCCCUAAUCAGCAGGCAAACUUCGAUCUCAAGAAAAUUAUCGUAAUUAAUCUGCUUAAAAGCGUGAAAGAUCUGAAUUCUUCCGAUGCUAUUUUGAUCUUUGAGAUUGAAUUCCACCCGAUGAAAUGCCUUGAGCAGUGUGCCCAUCUUGUAAUAUUCAAGGAACAUGGAUGCCUUUGGCGUUUCCCGAUCCUGUUUUCCUCUGGGGAUCCUGAUAUCGACGAUGUAAUCAGAAUUGAAGCCAAAGCAAUGUACAAACAAGUGACUGCCAACUUUUACCUAAAGUCACCUUAUCUGGAGCCAAAAAGAUUCAUCACAAAGUUAACACCAUCCAGUGACCCAGAAAUUUCUGUGACACCGCAGGAAGGGGAAUUUAAUCAACCCCAUACUCGAGGGACUUGUUUCAGUGUACAUUAUAAUCCAACAUCAUAUGGACAGAAGAAAUAUGCAGUUGUCUAUAUACAGACUGACAAGUUACAAUGGACAUACAGUAUCGAAGCCAGCUUACCUCAGUACAAACCACCAGUCGGCAAGUCUUUAUAUUCCAAAGACAGUCUUCAGCCACUUACCAAGAAGAAAUUUCCGUUCACCAACUUCAUAUCGGAAAACAGACAGAUAACAACCACAGGCGUGUCAUCACCGAUUAAAGGCGCGCCAAUUCUGAAGAAAUGGAAGCACAAAAAACGCAAAAAAUGA